AACUGGCGACUCACUGCCCCAAUAGCCGGGGUUUUGUUUUUCCAUGAAAUUCUCCGAAAAUCUCUCCGCCACCGCCAUCGCCGCCACGGCUGUCCGCUAAUUUCCGUUCCUUUCCAGGGAAAAUCAUUCCGAAGGAGUUCGAUCGAUUUCUCCGUGUUAGGGUUUCGCGAGAUCGAAAGAAUCAACCGAUUAGGGUUUCCAGUGCGUUUGGGGACAUGGGAAGCAUUGAUGGCGUCGAUGAUCGGAUCUUUAGGGUUAAUAAUUUCAUCGGAGAUGGAGCCGAGAAGUUGCGGGACCGAGUAAAGGACAAGCUCAAGGAGUUCAUGGGCGAUUACACUGACGACACUCUCGUGGAAUAUGUACUUGUGUUACUAAAGAAUGGGAGGCGCAAAGAAGAGGCAAGGAACGAGUUGAAUGUGUUUUUGGGGGAUGACAGUGAUUCUUUUGUGUCUUGGUUGUGGGAUCAUCUGGCUUCGAAUAUUGAUUUAUAUGUACAGCCUGAGGAGACUAAAACAAAACCCUCAUCUGCAGACAAAUCUGGGAGGGAUUAUUCUCAUCACUUGGAAUCUGAGUCUAAAAAAGAAGCUAAAAUUCGGCACAAUAAAGAAUGGAAAGGGCUAAUCAGAGAUGCUGCUGAACCCCCUCCACUUCGAAGUUCUGAAGUAGAAAAAAUUCAUGUCAAAGAAAGAACUCAUCACAGAGUCAGACAUACCAGGAGAUCUCCUUCUCCUCGACCUGCAGUUGAGAGGAAAAGGAAUCGAACGGAUGAACGGCAGAACACAAAGGUAUUAAUCCUUUUCUUCUCCUGA